AUGGAAGAAACUCCCUUCCAAAAGGAAAUGAGGACCAGGAUGGAAUUCUUACCCCAGCCAGUACCCCUGGAAAUACUGACAGUACUGAUGGCGGAUGUGCCGGAGUAUGUGAUGGCACACAGACCGCAAGAUUCACCCUCCAGAGCAGAAUCUACUGCUGCUUCAGUCAUCAGCCAGGUAAAACCCAAGAUCCCAUACCAUACUUUUAAAUUGUUUUGCGAAGAUAAAGACGAGAUUUAUGGGUAUCUGCAAGACUUUGAGCGGCUAUGUGACCUGCAUGAUUUGGAGCAGACGGUGUGGGUACCUUUUGGCAGGCAAACUGUCAGGUCAGGGAGCAGAAGCCUAUCGGGCCGUACCCAGAGAGGACAGCAAAGAUUAUGCUAGGGUAAAACAGGCUAUACUAGAGAGAUACGCCAUUACCCCGGAGGCAUACCGGCGAAGGUUUUGAGGGUUGCGCAAACCGGAGAAAGACUCCCACGCAGAGUGGGCACACAAACUGGACCAAGCCUCCCAGGGGUGGAUACAAGCCAGCCAGGCUACCACCAUGGAGGAGUUAAGACAAUUGCUGUUGUUAGAGCAUGGGGAAUCACAUAAAUACUGGAGCUUGUGAAUAAACUCGUCAGUUGACUCCAGGAACUGUGUUUCGUCCAGUUACUGGUGGAUUUAGGAUAUUGCCUGCAUUUCCAGCGCUUUACUUUGGAUUACUUUCUGUACCAGCAGAGGAUUUUGGGAUUUAAUAUUGCAGCUCCGCUACAUCUAGUAUAUGUGUGCCAGUUUCCAAAAGGCCAAGUAAAUGUGAGUGUAUAGCAUUGUACAAUGGGAUCCUUGAAUUAGUAAAUUCUCACAUUUUGGUUUCUUUUAUCAUGUAGCAUACUCAAAUUGCUGGAGUAAUACAAUGCGCAGCUCUACAUUCUGAUAAGCAGAGUCAGCACGCCGGUGAAACAGUUGUGAUUCCAUCACACCUUGUAAAAGGGGUUCAUGAUAAGUUCAUGGAGUACCUGGACCAGGUAAGACUCUCAGCAAUGUUUAUAUUAGGCCUUAUUGUUUAGAUUUAUUAGUUAUUCAUGGCAGCGAAUAAUAUUAAGACAAGAGCCCAAGACUCCCCUUUCCCUGGAGAGACAUGACAGCAGUCAAAAUCCUAGAGAAAGUUCUGAAUAGUCUCUAAUACUAAGGAUAGAUAGAGUUAGCUGCCAGGUAUGAUGGACAGAUGAAUUAAUUAUAAAUUAUAGUGCUAGGAGUUUUAGAAUUUUAGUUUUGUUUGAUGAUCAUGACACUGUAUGUUUCAUAUAUAACUUCUGUUGGUCACAGGUGCCUUCAUGCAGAAAGCCAUCCCCCAAGAGUUUGGCAGUGCCCAUAGAAGUCGAAGAAAUAUGGAGCACAAUACAAACCCCAUGUGACACUGACACCACAGAAGGAGAAAUAGAAGAGGGUAAAUAUCAGUCUCAGAGGAAGUUUGGUUCAAGAUAUUGCACAGUUGCUCCUUCAGAAAAUAAAAAAAAGUUUGUCUAUAAUAAAACUGGCACCUCUUGA